AUGUUUCGAGGUGGCUAUUGGGACGACGAUCCCAUGGAUGGAAUGAUUCGACAUGGAGCUUCGCGCCGAUUCGAUGAAUAUUAUCGAUGCUAUCCCGUCGCUAUGAUGCCUGGUCCCGAAAGAGAGAAUGUGAAUCACGGCGGCAAGGUCAUCAUGCCUCCCAGUGCCCUCGACAAAUUAACUCGACUACACAUCACAUAUCCUAUGCUGUUUGAGCUGCAUAAUGGAGCAAAAGAGAAAAUGUCUCACGCUGGUGUUCUGGAGUUUAUUGCUGAAGAGGGAAAGAUUUACCUACCGUACUGGCUAAUGCAAACACUCCUUCUCGAACCCGGCGACUUAGUGCAAAUCAAGUCGACCGACCUUCCUCCCGGCCGUUUCAUUAAGCUCCAAGCUCAAUCCACAUCUUUCCUCGACAUUAGCGACCCGAAGGCGGUUCUCGAAAACGCUUUUCGAAAUUUCUCUUGCCUUACGAAAGAUGAUGUGUUCACGUUUGCGUAUAAUGAUCAAGUUUACGAAAUGGCCGUGCUGGAAACGAAGCCCGCGAACGAGACGAGCGCUGUAUCUGUCCUGGAGACCGAUCUUGAAGUUGAUUUUGCACCGCCUGUGGGAUACGAGGAGCCGCAGCGGCCGAGUGGCACCAGCACACCAGGAAGCGUGGUCAGCGGGAGGCUGCCGGCCGGCGGACUUCUUCACCCACACGGUACUAUGGCACAGUCGAUCAACUACGCGGCUAUAGCGCCGGAGUCCACAGACGCUGCAGCAGGUGCACGAGCGGUAUCGUCGAACUUUCUGUCUAGCGGUCACCGAUUGAAUGCCAAGAAAGGAAGCAAAACCCCAACACCAACGGCAUCAACUCCCACUCCAGGAGCAUCGAAUCCGCAACACCCUCCUCCUCCCGUUAGAACGACAAAUGGCCCGCAGCCACUACGCUUACCCCCCAACCAACUAUUCUUCGGCUACGCUAUUAAGCCUGUACCAAAACGAGAUGAGAGUGGAAAGGUUGUUGAGGAAGAGAAACCUCGCUUCCAGGGAACCGGCCAGUCUCUUCGAGCAAAGAAGAAAGGCGUAGAAGGUUCGUCCACGCCUACAUGA